AUGCCGCUCGAACAGACAAUUACCGUUGUCAACAAUUCCGGCAAAAUCAUCAAGACCGGCAAGCAGCUUUUCACAAUCUUCAAGGAAGCCCAAGGCAGCUACAAGGACAAGAAGGCCGAGCUCAGGGCCGGCAAAUCCCUCCACCGAUCAAAAACCUUUGACGCUGAAGGACGAUCAAAUUUCAUCGACGAUGACCGCUCCUCUUAUUACCCUCCUCGCGCCGCUCCUAGCGAAGCCGGCUCACGGAGCACUCGCCGAUCGCGAAGCGUUCACUCGCGCCAUCCUCGAGACGACUUUGACGUCCGCAGCCGCAAGGCCUUGACCCUCGACAAUCUUGAGAGGCACACCGAAGUUUCAUCUGUAGCUCCCAGCAGAGCCCCUACACAGAUGGUGCACAAGGAUCCUUACGCCGAAACCAUGAACUACGCUUUGUCUCCUCGUUCCAUGGCUCCUUCAGCCUACGGCGAUGCUAUGGUUCCCCGAAACCGAUCCACCGGAGAGCUUGUGCAGUCAAAGCCGCGCAAGGAAAUCGACAUGGACCUCGCCUACGGCAGCAUCCCUCCCGAUCUGAAGGAUCGCACCGAUCUGGACCCACACAAAGUCGAUGAGAAGGAGGCCAUGGGUCUCGUUCACCGUGUCGAGAAUCUCCUUACCGAGGCCCAGUGUAUCCACCACUCUGCCACCCACACCAUGUCCGAGCUUCAAAAGAAUCCUGACCACGCCGCCGCCGUUGCGCUCACGCUUGCUGAGUUGUCCAAGAUUGUCAAGAAGACAUCACCAGCCUUCCUGGCCCUCCUCAAGACUGGAUCCCCCGCCGUCUUUGGCCUCCUAUCGUCACCGCAAUUCCUGAUCGGCACCAGUAUCGCUGCUGGUGUCACAGUCAUUUGCUUCGGAGGAUGGAAGAUUUUCCAGAAAAUGGCUGAGGCCAAGGCAGCACGUGAGGCUUUGGCUUACGAGGGUGUCCCCAUGGACCGACCUGCGCCCAUGCGCACGCAGACUGAGUACGCCCCUGUCGAGUACAUGGACGAGGCUCUCAUCCUUGAUGAUGAUCUGAGCUCAAUCGAGACCUGGAUGAGAGGUGUCCCAGCUGGCUCAGUAGUCGAGAGCGUUGACAUGGAACUCAUCACACCUACUGCCUAUGACAGUAUGGGUGACGACUUUGACACCAAGUCCCGCCGUAGCACAAGAACAGCCAGGACAACCAAGACAAGCAAGACCAGCGACACCCACCGAAGCUCAAAGUCUCACCGCACUGAGGGCAGUCAUCGCAGUUCCCGAAGCCGUCGCGACGACGACACCAAGAGCAGGUACACCGAGAGCAUCGCAGACAGCGAGCGCAGCCACCGCUCAUCAAGAAGCAAACGCACUGAUAAGUCGGACACAAGAUCCAUCGAUAGCCGAAGCAGUCGACGAGACGACGCUUCCGAGGUGACAAUGCGACCCAAGCACAACCGCAACAACAGCAACAUGCUCAAGGCUCUCUUCAAGAACAAGGAGAAGAAAGAGCGCACUCUUGUUAUGGCUUAG